AUGAGCUACAAAAGAUUUUUGUUUUUGUGUCGCUGCCUCAGAUUUGACGAUCGCGAAACUAGAGCUGAAAGACGGGUGAUUGAUAAACUGGCUCCUAUUCGUACUACGUUUGACCUUUUCUUGAAAAAUAUCAAUCAGAAUUAUAAUUUGAGUGAAUAUACUACUAUUGAUGAAAUGUUACACCCAUUUCGUGGUCGGUGUCAAUGGAUACAGUAUAUCCCAAGUAAACCGGCCAAAUAUGGCAUCAAAAUGUUUGCAUUAUGUGAUGCAAAAACAUUUUACACGAGUAAAAUAGAGAUUUAUGUUGGAAAACAACCACCUGGUACGUAUGAGGUUUCUAAUUCACCAAUUGAUAUCGUGAAACGAUUAGUAACACCCAUCGAAAACUCUAAACGAAAUCUUACCACUGACAACUGGUAUACCAAAUUUUUACCAGAUAAAAAAAAAGAAGUUGGUUCGAGCGUGUUCGGGUUUCAAAAAAAUAAAACAUUAGUGUCAUACGUACCACGAAAAAACAAGGCAGUUAUUUUGCUUUCAACUAUGCACCAUGAUUCAAAAAUUGAUGUAGAAACUCGUAAACCAGAAAUAAUUAUGGAUUAUAAUUGUACCAAAGAUGGAGUUGAUACAGUAGAUAAAAUGUGUGCGGCAUAUUCAGUCUCUAGAAUUACAAAAAGGUGGCCACUUGUAAUUUUUUAUUCUUUGAUGAAUAUUGCUGGAAUAAAUGCUCAGGUACUGUUUUCAUACUAUAAACAUAACAAUGCCCCUAAAAUAAGAAGAUUAUUUUUGAAAACAUUGGCAUUUGAUCUAAUGAAGGAACAUCUUGCUUCUCGAGCUCAAAUCUCAAGUUUACCAUCGGACAUAUCAUCUUUUUUGAAAAUAAAAUAUGCUGUUCCAAAUUCUGUUGAAGUAUUUAAUAGACAACAGUUAAGUAAUAAUUUAAAGAGAAAGGCUGUAGAAGAACUUUAUGAUAAACCAUCAAAACUUAUUCAUGGAGCUUUAUCAAAUGACAUUCCAACAUUGACAACUUAUGAUUUAACCUUGAUUCAGUUCAUAAUUGAGAAAGUUCUUUCAACUAUGGCAUUACUGGAAGGUAAAACAAGAAUUUUUAGUACAAAUUCAGACAAUUGUCUGAAAACAAAAGUGCCCCCUGCAUCUUGGUGUGUAUAA